AUCACGGCCGCCGCCCAACCCGAAAACUUGCUCACUUGGCGACCUCGUCGAAUCUUCUUCUACCAGCGACUCCUGUGGCCUCCAACUUCCCUCGACUGACAGACUCUCCUGUUUUCCUGCUAUUCUAGACUUCCUUGAGCGCGUGCAUCAGUAUUCCAUUACCUCUGCAACACCGUCUCUACAGAACUCCUAAAAUCACAUCGACCAUCCAGUCCUUCCACCUCCAGAGAGAGCCGUCUUCUUGGUUAUCGCGGAAUUGAUAUCGAGUCUUUUGACUUCCCCACGCCCGUGCUCUUCAGCUUCGCAACCCGACAUCUCCCCCGCCAUGUCGGACUCAUCCUCGGAUUCGAUGUCCAUGUCGUCCACCUCCAUGUCGAUGCCCAUGGUGUUCACCACCUCGCACCACACGCCCCUGUACGGGACCGGGUGGACGCCGACCACGAGCGGCGGGUACGCCGGCACCUGCAUAUUCCUGGUGAUCCUGGCCAUCGGGCUGCGGCUGGUGUUUGCGGCGAAGGCCGUGUGCGAACAGAGAUGGGCGGUUGCCGCACGGAGGCGGCGGUUCGUGCUCGUCAAGGGGAGGGCCACCGAGGCUGGGCGGAUCGACCAGGACCCCGAUGCGAAGACGGGCGCCCUCAUCACGGUCAACGGCGUCGAGGAGAACGUCAAGGUCGUCGAGGCCAGAGACGUCUUCCCUCCCUUCCGCUUGUCGGUCGACGUCCCCCGCGCCGUUUUGACCACCAUCAUUGCCGCCAUGGCUUAUUUGCUGAUGUUGGCGGUCAUGACGAUGAACGUGGGCUACUUCCUUUCCGUGCUCUUGGGGGUGUUCCUGGGCGAGAUGUUGGUAGGAAGAUAUGCUCGGAACGACGAAAACUUCCAUUGAGAUUUUGGUUUCAUCCGUUUUCAUGUCCUCGGAAUUUCGACGAAUUCAGAGGUCCGAGUUGAUGGCAUGGUCCGGUUUGAAAGAGCCUGUCGUUUUAGCGAGAUUGUUAUGUGGCGGCAUUUAUUUACACGGAGCAUGUUUUACACAUCUCUCCCAGAUGGAAAUGCAGUGAUGACUUAUACGAUGGUUUGAUAUGGUCCUGGUUGUGGUUCUCAAAGUAGCGCAACAACGGCCCCAUCCCUUGUCUUUCUUCUAGAACCUGUCUUUUGUCCACCCUAAUGGCCGAGCUGAUCAGGAGACCUUCGAUCUAUCCAUCCCUUCAUCGGCCAAAGCCUGGGUCUCGGACUGGAUUGACUCGGUGCAGGCUCACUAGAUUGGCCUUACAAAUCUCCCCGUACCACAUCUUCAACUGGUAGUGAAAGUGCCGAUACUCGCCGCCGUUGCUUG